AUUUCUUUGGUUUUCAAUUACGAGUGGCUCUUCUCAGCAAGUGUUCCAUGAUGGUUGAGCCCUUCUUGGGAACCUGGAAGCUGGUCUCCAGUGAAAACUUUGAGGAUUACAUGAAAGAACUGGGAGUGAAUUUUGCAGCCCGGAACAUGGCAGGGUUAGUGAAACCAACAGUAACUAUUAGUGUUGAUGGGAAAAUGAUGACCAUAAGAACAGAAAGUUCUUUCCAGGACACUAAGAUCUCCUUCAAGCUGGGGGAAGAAUUUGACGAAACCACAGCAGACAACCGGAAAGUAAAGAGCACCAUAACAUUAGAGAAUGGCUCAAUGAUUCACGUCCAAAAAUGGCUCGGCAAAGAGACAACAAUCAAAAGAAAAAUUGUGGAUGAAAAAAUGGUAGUGGAAUGUAAAAUGAAUAAUAUUGUCAGCACCAGAAUCUACGAAAAGGUGUGAAGAAAGGCCCACAGCAAUGAAAACUUGUUCACUGACAAGGAACUGGUACUUGAAGAAGAUAUGCCUCAGGCCUAGUGAUUUUUAAAAAAUGUCUCAAUAUAAGUUUGCUUAAUAAAAGCAUCAAAUUAAGUGCAAAUUAAGUGCAUUAUCAAAUAAGCUAUUUAAUAAUGAGGAUUAGGAACAGACCAAUGAAUUGAUGAGGCAAGAAGCUACUUGCCUGUGGUGUGACUGUAACAGCACCAAAUUCCCCUCUGUCCUCCGCCCACCUGACUUCCACAGUCCUUGAGCUCUCACUGAAGGACCCACUCCAUUUAGGUUAAGGCAUUCUACCAAAGCCAUGUGGAAAUUCAGGUGAUCUCCUAGGCAGCACAGAUUCUAAAAACCAACAUUGCUGAUUUUUUUAUUUUUUCAGAAGUGUGGCCCACUUAAAGCAGAUACAUAGAUUAAAUGAUGAUGAUACAGACAGAUAGAUAGCACUAAAUAGAGACUGGAUGUCAUAAGACUGGACUGUGGAUAAGUUGCUGUAAAAGAGCAUUUAAAACAGUCAUCUUGUUUCUCCAUAAAUCCAUUUAAAAUAAUCAGGCUGGUGCAUCUGUCACAACUGUUUACAACUUAGCCUUUGCCAUAUGACAUUUUAUUAAAUGCCAGUCCUGAAUUUCUAAAUGUCUAGUAAGAAUGUAAUUGUUAGAGCUACACACAGUCCCUUAAUAGUUUCACCAAAGGCUGUUGGUAGAAAUUGAUGUUCUCAGGGCUUAGGGUAAAACAGCCUAAUGGAGGUAAAAUUAAAGGACAAAGCCUAAAAUGCUGUAGGUACCUAUAGCAGUGGGAAAAGGAGAAAGAAGGAGGGGGAAUUUUGUAAAUAAUCAUUUUGUGCCUUAAACUGAAACAUAGAUCAUAUUUGGUCAAAUGUAAGUCCUUAGAGUCAUGUCUAUUCACUAGAGCAGAAUGUCCAUGUAAUUUGUCAUCCAAACUGGACGAAAAUUAAAAUUGAAAAGGGGUACUAUUAACAAUUACACUUGGAGAGUAGGCAUAACCUGGGACUGCUCAAGGCAAACUGGGGGUUACUGGCACCUUAGUAAGGGUGAAAUUGAAGGGUAAUAAACAAAAGGACUACAACAUGGGGUUGAGAUAUGAACUGAAUCCCUGGCCAAGGAAAGAAACUAGGGUUGUCACAUUAAACCCUGAAGAUGUCUGAGGUUUCAGCUGUGGCCAGAAGUAAUGGGCUUGGUGCUGGCUACGCAGCUGCUGGAUGUGGGCAAUGAUGGUCAUCCCAGCAUGCCAUGUCCUCCUCCUUCCUAAAGGACUUGAGUGUGUACAAAAUGUAACCAUGUGUGUGUUCCAGAAGUCAAGAUGGUGUUCAGCCCCAGAAGUAGUGCCUUGCACAAAGGGGAACAUAGACCAAUGCCUCCUUAAUCAGCCUCUGCAAGGGAGCUGGAAAUGACAUCUGCUUUAGUGAUGUCUCAGAGCAGGGUCAGAGUUUUCCACAACUGUUAGGAAGAAGAAAUUAUGCUAAAAAGCACUAAGCACUUACUCACUUAAAUCUUUGACUUUACACAGGCACGAUUAAGAAAAGAAUAAUGCUGUUCCUAAUUUUCAAGAUAUUUCUCUUUUCAUAUAUGUCAAAGCUCAAACUACAAUGAGCCUGAAUAAGAAACAAAACCCCUAUGUUGAGUAUUUUAGUAGGUGGAGCCAAAGAUACUACUCCUGAGGAAAUCAUUCAUUCAUUCAUCCACAAGUUCUUCUCGGUGAUCACUGUGUGUCUGAUGCUGUCUUAGGGAUUAGAAAACAUUAGAGUUCGGUAUGGUGUUCACAACUUCCCUUUUAUAUUUGAUGUAGCAGAGUCACGUUGAAACAUGAAUCCUUUUAAUUUCAGUCAAAUCAUGUGAAAAUUUUCUUUUAAAAAUACAUUAAACGGUAUACUUAGAAUCAUUGUCUUUAUUAAGAACUUUCACAUAAUCAGUCUCUUGGUACAUCUGACUUGCCUUCAAAAAUUAUCAUCUGUCUCUAAGUAAAUGAUAACGUGAUAUUUGUUAUGUUGUAUUAGAUUUAUUAUAGAAGAAAGAUAAUGAAAGAGGGGCUUUUCAUUAUAGUGAGU